UGAAAGCAUCACCGCGGGGCUCGGUGCAGCUGGAAGGAGACUUCUGGUGGACAGCCUCCUCCUACAUGUAGGCACAGAGGUCGCAGAGAAGAAACCCACCGCUCCAUGUUUGCUCUUAACAGCCUCAAUGUAGCUUCACUCGACUCUUUCAUAGCAAAAAGGAAACGAAAUUAUGAGUGAAAACAUCUGGGAGCGGCGUACUUUACAUGAAAAGGUUUCGCUUUGCCUCGCAUUUUUGCCUUUUGUAUUUCCUUGCUGAAUGUCGUGGACAUUUUGGAUUUUUUUGAAUGCUCUUGUGUCAUUAAGUCUUACAAAUUAAGGACAAUUUUUUUCAAAUUUCAUCCCGUUCGGUUAGUUGUCUUUAUGUGAGCUGAAUACUUUUACGUGUGGGGGACGACAACGUAAAACAACUUGAGGACGGCUCUGCUGAGGAGAAUGUGCGAACUGGGCCAGCUUCGAGUUGCUCUUUAAUGGGGCAGCAUUAGCUAACUGCUAACUAGCACACCCCUAUUGAACUAACCUCAAGCAAAGCUAGCUGAUGCCCGCUUCUCGACACGUUUUCUUUGGAUACUAACAACCUGCUCAUAACCCUGAUAUCGUUGAAUGAGACGCUGACUCGAAAGCAAUUCAGGCAAGAACAUUAUUGCUGUUGGAUCUAUCCUCUCCUAUCCACUGGGAUCCAGGCGCUUGAGUCCUAAAUGACAAGUGCCUGAGGAUGUCGAAGCGGAGCCUGUUUGUUCGUCUGGUGCCAUGCCGCUGCUUGCGGGGUGAGGAGGAGGCGGUAACAUCGCUUGACUACUCCCACUGCAGCCUGGAGACUGUUCCUAAGGAGAUCUUUAGCUUUGAGAAGACCCUGCAGGAACUCUACCUCGAUGCCAACCAGAUCGAGGAACUGCCUAAACAACUGUUUAACUGCCAGAUACUGCACCGACUGAGCAUGCCGGAUAAUGACCUGACAGUGUUGCCAGCAGCGAUCGCAAACCUCAUCAAUCUCCGGGAGCUUGAUGUCAGCAAAAACAGUAUCCAGGAGUUUCCAGAAAACAUCAAAAAUUGUAAAGUCCUAACUAUUGUAGAAGCCAGUGUGAACCCUAUAUCCAAGCUCCCAGACGGGUUCACCCAGCUCCUGAGUCUGACGCAGCUCUACCUGAAUGAUGCCUUCCUGGAGUUCUUACCCGCCAGCUUUGGCAGGUUGACUAAACUACAGAUCCUGGAGCUGAGAGAGAACCAGUUAAAGAUGUUGCCAAAGAGCAUGCAGAAGCUCACACAGCUGGAGCGGUUGGACCUGGGGAGUAAUGAGUUCACUGAAGUGCCUGAGGUGUUGGAGCAGCUGACUGGAAUCAAGGAGCUGUGGAUAGACGGGAACAGACUGACAUUUUUACCUGGGAUGCUAGGGAUGCUCAAACAGCUGGUAUACCUGGAUGUGUCAAAGAACAACCUGGAGAUGGUAGACGAGCAGAUCUGCGGCUGUGAGAGUCUGCAGGACCUUCUGCUCUCAAACAAUGCCCUCACACAGCUGCCAGGCUCCAUCGGCUCACUGAAGAAACUGACUGCACUGAAAGUGGAUGAGAACCAGCUGAUGUAUCUGCCUGACUCAGUCGGAGGACUGCACUCUCUGGAUGAGCUGGACUGCAGCUUCAAUGAGAUCGAAGCGUUGCCCUCUACCAUCGGUCAAUGUGUCAGCAUCCGCACCUUCGCUGCAGAUCACAACUUCCUUACCCUACUCCCCCCCGAGAUGGGCAGCUGGAAGAAUGCAACUGUGCUGUUCCUACAUUCCAACAAGCUGGAGUCCUUGCCUGAGGAAAUGGGUGACAUGCAGAAGCUCAAGGUCAUCAAUCUCAGUAACAACAAGUUGAAGAAUCUUCCCUACAGUUUCACUAAACUGAACCAGAUGACUGCAAUGUGGCUGUCUGAAAACCAGUCGAAGCCCCUGAUCCCGCUCCAGAAAGAGGAGGAUCCAGAGACACACAAAACUGUGCUGACCAACUACAUGUUCCCCCAGCAAACCAGGACGGAGGAAUACAUUCCCAGCUCUGACUCUGAAAGCUUCAAUCCAGCUCUCUGGGAGGAACAACGCAAGCACCGAGCUCAAGUGGCCUUCGAGUGUGACGAAGACAAGGAUGAGAGAGAAACACCCCCAAGGGAGGGUAAUCUGAAGCGCUACCCCACUCCGUACCCAGAGGAGCUGAAGAACAUGGUGAAGACAGCCCAGUCUGUGGCUCACCGGCUGAAGGAGGACGAGUCAGGUGACGAGUCGGGGAGGGAUGCAAAACCAGUGGAGAGGAACCACAUUGGAGUGCAGGACGUGGGAGUUAAGGUGAUUGAAGCUCCCUAUCCCAAUGGCACAGUAUCAGACAUUGAGCCCUCCAUCACAUAUGGCCAAAACUCCUCUUCCACAGAAUGGAAAGACACUUCAGACUCUUACAGCUCUCACAGAGUCCCUCUCAAAACUGCAGGGGGCUCUAUGAUGAACCAUGAGGACACACUGGAGGAUUCUGAGGAGCUUUCUGAUGAAGAGACAGAGAUGAAAGUGGCUCAGAUGAGACCCCCUCUAAUUGAGAUCUCCAUCAACCAGCCUAAAGUGGUGACUCUAAGUAAGGAGAAAAAAGAUGACGCAGACUCUUUGCUGGAUGAUACAGUUGCCAACAGCAACCAGAACAACAGCAACUGUUCAUCUCCAUCACGCAUGUCGGACUCAGUGUCUCUGACCACAGACAGCAGUCAGGACAACUCUCUGUGCACCCCCGAGAGAGAGGCAAAGAUGCCCUUCCUGCCAAAAAGCAGGCAUGAUGAUGAGAACAUGAACCAGCCUAAAGACACCACCCCUCUCCUCCAUAAUGGAAAUGGCUCUGAAACAUCCCUUCAAGCCCUUCUGAAAAUCCAACAGACCCCACCAGAGAAAAUGGGGGACUAUGACCUGUCCAUGGAAGCCAGGCUGGCCUUCAUCGAGAAGGGAAUUAACAACGGCAUGGGAGAAACGUACACCAAGUGGGACCAGAUCAAUAUGAACGUGUCCAAAUUACCAACGGACAACAUGGUGCGGCUGGACGAUGUGGACCAAACCAAGAAUGGUUCAGUCAAUCCAGAGGACAGCAAGCAGGGCUUCAGCAAUGACAACAUGGAGCAUUUCCUGAAUGGAAACCAGCAGGUCAGUGACUGCAUCAACAGUCUGGGGAACAAAAGCGAAGCGAUGAGAGUGGAGACGUCUGCGGUGCAUUCGGCCUCGACAGGAACGACCGCCAACAGCGACAUGUCUCUCUCUCGAAGCACUGAGGAACUGUCUCCAGAGAAGAGGUGCAACCCCCCGCAGGUGAUGAAGUGUCAAAGUGUAAGCAACAUGGAAUCAGGAGGACUGAAGCUAUUCUCCUUUGAUGGGGGCGAUGAGUGCUAUGACACAGCAGGCAUGACCAGGAUGGCAGGGGCCGGCCCGGGACCGGGGGCCCCUCAGGGCCAGAGCAUCGUCAGGAGCAAGUCGGCCAGUCAGUUACUCAACGACCAGACUCUGCAGAUCUACCCCGGCUCCUCCGCCUCCUCCUCAGACCUGCUUUCCUCCUCCAAGCCCCCUGCCAGCACCAGCAGAUACCCCGUGUCUUCCAGCAUGGCCAUGGGCCUCCCCCCCCCUCAGUACAACAUCCAGUACUCAAGCAGUGCCCUGCCUAAAGAGGGUCUGUGGGCCCCGAGGACGCCCAUACCUCCUGAGCAGCAAGGCUACCUCCCUCCUCCUCCACACUCACUAGCCAACACCAACUACUCAAACCGUAACCAAGCCCCUCCCUACCCUCAUCAGCCCCAGCAGAGGGGGGCUCCCAAACCCUCCGGGGACAUGUGGGCUUAUUCUACUGGAGGCCAGGGCAGAAGCAGCACUCUGCAGAGGCAGAGCAGCACCGCCUCCACCGCCUCCAUGGGCGACCCCAGACGCAUACAGGUGCCUGACGGGGAAUAUAUGACAUACCGGGACAUCCACACCCUCGCCAGGGGGCCGCUGGCGAUGAGCCAAGCCAUGCAGAGGCCCCUCUCAGCGCGCACUUACAGCAUCGACUCUCCGGGAUCUUCCAGGCCUCCCUGCGCCCGGCCGCAGCCUCACGAGCUUCCAGAGAGGACCAUGUCCGUCAGCGACUUCAACUACCAGCAGAGCAGCCCCAGCAAGAGGCCCGCCGCCAGGGUGAAGUCAGAGCACUCGCUGCUGGACGGGCCAGCACAGGUGCCGGGGGGAGUCGGGGUGGGAAGGGUGCCAAAUGACUGGAGAGACCAGGUGAUGCGGCACAUCGAGUACAAGAAAAUGGAAAAGAACGCGCUGUCUCGCUCCUAUAAUUCCAAUAACGCUCCGCUGAGCUGGUCUCACUACGGCAGCUGUAGGGAUAUGCAUGCCAGCCAGGGGUCUCUGGUGUUUAGUGCCAGGGACGGAGGGCCCUACGGAGCGCUGGGCCUCUGUGACGAUGUGUUUCCCCAAGGACAGCAGAGCUACACCAUGGACCCUCACAGAAAAGUGCCUUUGAUGAACGGUCAGAUGGGCCCCGCUGUCCGUCCUCAGGCGAGCCAGGGGUCCAUGGCCCGUCACCCCUCCAGAGAGCAGCUCAUUGAUUACCUGAUGCUCAAAGUGUCCCAUCCUCCCCAGGGGCCGCCCCAGGGGCCGCCGCGUAUCCCGCCUGACGCUCUGCAGCAAGAGUUUCGUGUGAAAGUGGAGAAAAAUCCAGAGCUUGGUUUCAGUAUAUCAGGAGGAGUGGCAGGUCGGGGAAAUCCUUUUCGCCCAGACGACAAUGGUAUAUUUGUGACGAGGGUUCAACCUGAGGGGCCGGCAUCUAAGAUUCUUCAGCCUGGAGAUAAAAUCCUCCAGGCGAACGGCUACAGCUUUGUGAAUAUCGAUCACGGGAACGCAGUGGCCCUCCUGAAGACUUUUCCUAACACUGUGGAUAUGAUUAUCGUAAGAGAAGCGCAGGCAUAGACUGAACCUGACCUCUGAAGCUGAGGGACACGAGACAAACGGAGACAUUAAUGUUGACUCUCAUAUUUUUGUACGCAGAGGACACUGACCUGUCGGGACUAUUUAUAGCAGAGCCUUGAUUUACGGGGAAAACCACUGAAUGUAGUGGAUCAAAGUGAAACGAGUACGAGUCCUCAAAAGGCCAUCACUGUGGUAUAUAUAUUUUUAUACAAAAGAAGCUGAAGACGUGACCUGAUGCAAAUAAUUACUGUGGUCUCUGUACAGAUCAUCUUUUCGUUGUUCUUCUUUUUGUCCACAACUCACAAGUCCUUGAUCAUGAAUGAGGUUUCAUUUCUGCAGAUUGACAUGAAUUGACCACUCCCUCGCCUUUUUUUUUUUUUACUUUUAAUUUAAGAUGUUGAAAUCUGGUCUGCCCUGCGAUCUUUUAUGGAGGACGAUGUUACGUGCUUUUCUUGUGGAGACGAAUGUAGAUCGAGGAAGUGAUUUGAUUUUGUUUUUCGGAGAGAUAUCGUUUCUCUUCUCGCAAGAUCCAAGAGAAGAGGAUCCAGCCCUGCUUCCAUAAACCUGUGAACACGCGACACUUCCACAGGAAUAUCCUCACGGCUCUGCACACCAUCCCAACACACCACUACCUGCGCUGUGUGGAAGACAAUCCUUGGCAAUAUGAAUGAAUCACAGCUUCUCGGGUGUUGAAGAAAUGCAUUCGAUCAUUUCAGAGGACUGGAAAAUGAAAUUCAAACAUUGGGGAAAUGGGAGAGGGGAGGUGUUAGCUCAGCCUUAAUCUGUUCAGAUAGUCAGAAGCUUUUGUUUGAAGCUGAAGUUCAACAUUUUGGGACAUUUUCUGAGAGAAGUUUGAAGCACUUGCAGUGACCGUACGCCAGAAAGAGCUGCACGUGUUUCCCAAAAUGUUGGAACUCUUCCUUUAAGCGUAGAAAGACGUGGCGGUUGUGCUAGUGAACCAAAGCAAGUUUGUGGACAGGGAGAGUGCAGGAUAUUGGAAAGAUAUUUGAAUAAGAACAGGUCAACGUUUCACUCAUGUGUUUUUAUUUCCUAAGGGCUUCAUCUUUCAGGCAGCCAUUGGGGAGAUGAACGUUUUAUUUUGCCGGAGUUUCAACAUCUGUCAGUUUCUACAUGGGAGAAGACCACAGUUUGCCUUUUGUGUCUAUGAAAUGAUGUUUUAAUCACGCUUCUUACUCAUCACUUCGGAACCGUUUCUCAAUAUGUUUUCUUUGCUGUACAGAGAGUAGAGCUGGGAGAAACAAGUUGUCAAGUGCCAUAGACCUGGAACUGUUUGAGCAGGGGAGGACCCCAGAACCCGAGCAAUACUCACAUAAUCACAGCAUUUGCAGCAUCAUGGCUUCAAAGCAAUACUAAAGCCUUUAUUUUCAAAAAGAUCAUGAGAUAGCAUUUUUUUAAACACAAUCUUUAGUAAUCACCAAUGAUUUUACAUAAUUUUUAUAUUGUGAAAACAUGUUUUUUUUCUAAUGACAUAGCACAAGAAAUAUAAACAGUGCUUAAAAAAAGAUUUCUCUGCGUUGUGUAAAAGUGAAAGAUGGUGUCACUUUGCCCAAUGCGUUUGACUGUCUCUUAGAUUACCAUAGCUCCUCACGUUCAUUUGUGCAAAAAUAAUCCACUUUAAAAAUCGAAUUGAGUGAAAGCUGCAUCUCAGAUCAUUCCUAAUGUUUGUCACAUGUAGGAAAAUGUGUUAUGUGUAAAAGCAGCAUUAUGUCACUUCAUAUUCUCUGUGCACAUCUCCGUUAAUAUUCUUUCACUGGUAAAUAACUCUCGAGUGAGACGUGUUUCCACAACAAAUGGGAAUGAUAAAAGUCACUAAAUAAUGGCCCCUUCAAUUCCAACAACACAUUUGUGACCACUGAAUUAUUUGUACAAUAUGUAAUGUUUUAUCCUAAUGCACAUGGCAUUCCCAUAACUUGUUUACAGUAGAUUGUGGCCUCUACUGAUCCCAUGUGUAGUUAAAUAGAUUUAUAUUUUAUGCUUGUGGCACUGUUGAACCAAAUUUAAACACUGGUAGUUCACAAAAUGAAAUAUACCUUUUUAUAUAAUAGUCAAAAUGUUUAAAGGUAGUUCUAAGUGAAGCUGUACCCUUAAUUUUUUUUAACUGAAUCUAGAAUUUGUACAUUUUAUCCACAUGAAAAUGAAAUGAUUUCCUAAAUGUCUCACAGAGCGUAGUAUUUCACACAGAUGAUUUGUUUUUAUUAUUUGUAUUAAUUUCUUGGUGAUUUCUGUUGACUUUGAGGGGAUUUCUGCGGUAAUGGUCACUUUAUAUUCAUGGCAAAAAAACAUAGAGACAUGGUAGACAAUCUAGGGAGAUAAAAACAUUUCUUCAUUCAUGUCGCUCGUUUCUUACGCUCCCGUAUCGUUCUUAUUUAUUCAGCAGCCUUCUUUGGUUUUUAGACCUUACUAAUCAAAUUGUAAAUAUCUUAAAAAAUUGAGAAAUUAAUUAAUGACGGCAUUAGUGACUUGCGAUUGUAAAACCAGCAAUAAAUUGCAAUGCAGAGGCACUGGUUUUAAUGUAUAGCUAGUAUUUCUAAGGUUUCUCUGGAAACAGUGAGAUGAUUGAAAUGCAUUUAUCCAACAUUCCAGAUUUUGUACAUAAUUACCUGUUUCUGAAGUAACCUGUGGAAAAUAAACGAAUGCUCUUUAGCAA